UCGAGGAUUUUGUUAAUACAACUACAAGUAUGCACUACAAUGGCAGUGAACAUCAAAAUGUAUCAGGCUCAGUGUUUGUUGCAGCCUACAAUGGUACAGAUGACGAUGACCAGUGGUUACCACUCAAAGAAUUGAAAACAGAAUGUAACAUCUAUGACGGUAGAUGGGUUUAUGAUCCAAACACUAGUCCACGAUACAACGCUUCUCAAUGUCCAUUCCUUAGUGAUCAAGUCAGUUGCCAGAAGAAUGGACGACCAGACUCUGAUUAUGAGAAUUGGAGGUGGGAAGCCAAUGGCUGUAAGAUUCCAAGCUGGAGUGGGAAGGAGAUCCUGGAGAAAUUGAGAGGAAAAAGAAUGGUAAUCGUUGGAGACUCGCUCAAUAGAAACCAAUGGGAAUCUCUCUCUUGUCUUCUUUAUUCCUCUAUACCUUCCGCAAAGGCCUCAAUUGAUAUUAGGAACGGUCGCCAUAUGAUUUUCAAGGCCAAGGACUAUAACUGCUCAGUUGAGUUCUAUUGGAGUCCAUUCUUAGUUGAACUGGAUAACACAAGGCCAAACAAUGUCAAGCUUCUAAACCUAGACACACUUUCAGCAACAUCAGUUCAGUGGCUAGGGGCUGACGUUAUGGUUUUCAACACUGGACAUUGGUGGACACACCGCCGGAAGCUCCAAGCGUGGGAUGCUUUCCAGCAGGAAGGGAUGGUGGUGCAGAAUCUAGAAGCUGAAACCGCUUUUGGGAUGGCCAUGAAGACAUGGGCCUAUUGGAUAGAUCUUAACGUUGAUCCUGCCAGAACAACCGUCAUUUUUAGAAGCAUCUCUCCUGAACAUAAAAGAGAACAGUGGUGUUAUAAUCAAACACAGCCCAUCAAAGAUGACUCCUACAUAUCCUCGUUUCCAAGAUCCAUCAUCGAAAUUGCGGAGAAAACAAUUGGAGAAAUGAGAACACCGGUGAAGUACUUGAACAUCACAAAAUUGUCUCAGUAUCGUAAAGACGCCCACCCAACUGUGUACACAAGCAAGCAAGGAAGACUGCUGACAAAAGAGCAGAGAGAAAAACCACAGGAGUAUGCAGACUGCAACCACUGGUGCCUUCCCGGUUUGCCUGAUACAUGGAACUCCCUAUUGUUUACCUCUAUCUCAAUGGAGGCAUCAAGAAACAUUUCAUAGCCUGAAACCUGUGCUCUUUGUUUUUCUGGUUGCCCUUGUCUGCUUCUUCACCUUGGAAU